CAUGUUCAUCACAAACAUCGUUGGCUUGACAUUGGGUGUCAAAUUUGCUGUAGGUGCAACAGGAUUUUGGGGAGGUGUAUUCAUGAUGGUCACUGGAGGAAUUGGCAUUUGUGCAUCAAAAAUGAAAUCUACAUGUAAGAUUGUUAGCCUGAUGGUCCUUGCUGUUAUACUAGCUGUAUUAAGUGCCUGUAUAUUUGGGGCACACACAACAGGUACUGUAAUAGCCUCUGUUGGAGGAUUGGACUACAGGGAUGAGGGUGCCUUUGUGGAGUUUCCUGACUACAUGGAUGAACUACUGGACUACAUAGAGGACUACAACUGUACCCAUCCUUACGAGAUUGUGAAUGACACCUAUUGUGAGGAAACAUUUGCGUACAGACUAAAUAAAAAGGAAUAUGAUGAACUAAUUGCAAUUCCUACAAAACGGCCAAAAUUUGAUUAUUAUGAUGAGAAGCAACCAGGAUUCGGCUUAAGGAUUGCUUUUAAUGCAAUUCUGACAUUCUUUGCAUUGGUGGUCUUUGUGGCCUCAAUCAUAGCUUCAUGCUUGUCAUGCCGGGCAGUGUGCUGCCGUUCUAGUUCUAGUGUGAUUCAGGUUGUGUAUGUCCCAGCUACAGGAUCUGUGCAGAUGAACUCACCAUAUUCCCCGGGCCAUUUUAUCUCACAUGGCAGCAACCAACAGCAGGCUGUCUCUGUUCCCCCACACGGCCAGCUACAACCCCAUUAUGUACAAAACCAGGGGUUGGGUCAAUCCCAGAAUAUGACUACAAGAUUCACCUACCAAACUGAAUCCAGUGAUUACAACCAGACUCAGCAACAUACACAGGGAGCAGAUGAAUAUACUAGGAUACAGUCUCCUCCCCCUGCUUACCAACAAUAUGGGAGUAAUGAAAUGACUUCUAUUGGCUAAUAGUUCUCUAAAUACUAUUCUCAAUAAACAUUCAUUCAUUGUGCAGGGGUCACAUUUGUAGAACAGUCAGUUACAGAUCUGCAAAUCAAUUGUUCUUUCUCAGAUUCAAAACAGACAAAUGAUUUGUACCUUCUUUACAAUAUUUGAAGAAAUUAACACUGACUCAGAAUUAGAUGACAAAAUAUUCCUUCAUCACGACAGGGACAGAGCCACUGACUACAGAGAAUGAAUGAACACACCUGGAGGUUGCCUAUUUACCAAAUGGGAGUGAUAAAAUAGUACUAAUCAUUGUUCACACAUCAGUCAGACCAAGCAGAAUUCAUUAAUGUAUUAAUACAGUGGUCAAUGGCUGCUUCAAAGAAUGUUAUUAUAACAACUUAUAAAUAUUGUAAAUAAUACUGAAAUUGAUUUAAAUAAAUGAUUUCUUCAAUUUUAAAUGUUUCAGAUAAAAUUCAGUUUUGUAUUAAUUAGGAUACUCAAGAAAUUGUGGAAACAUAUUUUUGCUUAUAUUCUAGAAACCAUGCAUACAUAAAACAAUC